UAACCCGCAGGUAUUCAGUGCGUGAAAGGUUUCGGGCACUUUGACGUUUACUGUCGGUCGUUGAAGGGAAACAUGCAGAUUUAACAACUGUCUUUAAGACCUUAGUAAAAAGGGAGAUGGAUCUCAUACUGAAUAUCGCUGACUAUUAUAUUCUCACACCAUAUGUCUAUCCAUCUACCUGGCCAGAGAAUGGUGCCUUUCGUCAGAUCAUCAGCCUGCUGUUUAUUACCAACUUAGCAGCUGUGAUGCUCUAUCUUAUGCUUGGAUCUGUUAGUUACUAUUUCAUUUUUGAUCACUCUCUUAUGAAGCACCCUCAGUUUCUGGAGAAUCAAGUCAAACGGGAAAUAAAGUAUGCCUUGUGGUCAGUGCCGUGGAUUAGCCUUCCCACAGUAGCCUUGUUUUUUGCAGAGGUCAGAGGGUAUAGCAAGCUGUAUGACAAUAUUGAAGACUCACCUUAUGGCUGGUUUGGCGUUUUUCUAAGUAUGUUGUCUUUCCUGCUCUUUACUGACAUGUGUAUCUACUGGAUUCACCGUUUUCUUCAUCAUAAGCUCAUCUAUAAGUAUUUCCACAAACCACACCAUGUCUGGAAGAUUCCUACACCCUUUGCCAGCCAUGCUUUUCAUCCAGUGGAUGGCUUCCUGCAGGGCUUACCAUAUCACAUCUAUCCCUUCUUGUUUCCCUUGCACAAAGUGGUUUACCUUGGUUUGUACGUAUUUGUCAAUGUAUGGACAGUGUCUAUCCAUGAUGGAGAUUAUCGUGUUCCUAAAUUUCUCCAGUCCAUUAUAAAUGGUUCAGCACACCACACUGACCACCACCUCUUCUUUGACUAUAAUUAUGGCCAAUAUUUCACACUGUGGGACCACAUUGGAGGCUCAUAUAGAUUCCCUUCAGCUCUCCAAGGAAAGGGUCCUCAUCUCUGUGUUAGACAGAGUAAACAGAUAGAUGAACUCAAUACACAUUGGGACCAUAAAUCUGAAAAUUCCAAAGCGCAUAAAAAUAAAUAAAUAUUAAUACUAUUCUUGAAUAAUGGGAUGAAGAAAACCAUUUUGGAUUUGCAAGUAACUGGUUUUAAAUAACUGACUUAUGGAGUUUUGUUUAACACAAGUACAAUAAUUUAAAACCUCAUGAUAGAAAAGAAAAUGUGUAUAAGAUGUGCUAUGUAGUAUGCAUUAACAAUGACAAUGUCAAUGAGCAUAAAGUAUCUUUGUGACUGUUAGGAAAUUACCAAAAUGAAAAUGGUGAUUGAAAAACUUAAGCAUAUCUUGAGGAAUGCAUAUGUCUGCAAUUAAGUUUAAAUGUCAAGUAAAUGUUAAGUAAAUAUAAUUUUCUGUUAUGUGCUCAUAAUAUUUGAUCACAUCGUAAACCUGUAUUCAUAUUGGUAACAGGCAGUAUAUUUAUAUAGCCGACAUUCAUUCUUAACCAGUCCGUUUUAUACAAACAAUAGGUUAUAUUGGUAAAUAUUUCUGUCAAUGAUAAAAAGCAGUUCAUUUAAAGUCUCCUUAUAAUUUAUAAAUUUCUCAAAUUGUUCUUUUAAAGUCAGAGAAAAAGUGAUUCAGUGCGACAUAAUUCACACUUUAUAAAUAAUAGGAAUCCAGGUUCAAGCUGUUGUUGUUAUUAUUAUUACUACUACUUCUACACUGGGUAACAAAAUAGAGUUUUUUAUCACAUGAAUCAAUAAAUAUGGAUCUAAUCAGACUUUCUUUAUCACAAAGAUUUUAAGUGACAUAUGCUUAUAAUUUACAUCAACAUAUAUUUAUACAAUCUAUACAUGCUGAAAGUGUUGCCUAAAAUGGUAAAAUUUUCUACUGUACCUGGCUUCAGGAAUAUCCCUCUUAAGGACCCAGCAGUAGUCAGCAAGCGUAUUAGGACUCCAGUUGCUUUGGAAUUGCUGUUCCAUUUCAGAAAUGUUCUGAUGAAACCGUUCACCGUGCUCAUCCCUUUCCAUUGUGAGAUUUCCUGGGGAAAGCUCAUGAAGAGAAUCCAAUAAAUUAUUUUUUAAGAUGUAAACACUUAGAUGUUUACACUUUGACAUCUGAUUACCUAUUGUCAUGGAACUCUCUCCACAUGUCCAAAUGUGUUACAGGCUGCACACUCUAGUUGAAAAGAACAUGGAAACAUGUUCAGAAAUGGCAAUAAAAACAUGCUAAUUUUGAAUUUAGCUUUAAAAACCUGUGCACCUUAAUAAGGGCUUAUAUACUAAGUACACUGUCCAUAAAGAACUUAACAGUGUUGAUGACAGAAAUAUUCUGAGUACAUUUUAGAAAUCAGCAUGAAAAAGUACUUUUGAAACACCUGUUCUGUGAAGAUUUUUGUUGGCCAAUUUUAUUAUAGAAACACUUGUAGGAUGUGAAUAGCGCAGUUCAAGUGUAUAUUGGACAGUUUUAAAAUUAUACUCAACAAGUAAUACUUGAUUUACUGAAAACCAAGUUCAAAUCUGAGCAAAUAUUUUGCUUAUUUGUAUUUUGCUUCUGCUUGAAUUGGUAACUGGAAUAUGCUUUGUGUAGCAAAAGUGUUGCCUUUGUGCCAAGAAAGAAUAUCAUGUUUUCUGUGUUUUGUGCACACACUAUAAAUUCAAGAUUUGUAUAUAAAUAAAGGUAAGGUUCAAUGAAAAGAAGGCAUACAAAAUACACCAAUGGUUCAAGUUCAAGGUUUUAUAUAGUAAUUAUGAUUUUUGGUUGUAAUAUUAAAUUAAUAAUACUAUAAUUCAUGUAAAAAAGAGAGUAUAUUUUCAUAAUGGUUGUUUGAAUUUGUAGAGAACUUUUUAUGAUGCAGUAGUGUGGAACACCACUUCUCAAGUGGUUUGCUGUAAUUUCAAAAAGAGAGCAAGCAGAACAAUGUACCUUCACAAACUUUGAAUGGUGUAGUAAACUUUUGAAAUCCUCUGCCUUUUAAUUUCUGCUCCUGAUUCACAAGUAUACUUAAUUAUUAGCCAAGUUGUACUUUUUCUGUUUUGCAAGUAUAAUAUGUUGGAAAACGCAUGGUCCUUAGCCUAAUUUUUGUAUUUUUUACAAUAUUUACUUUUACAGAGAAUGUGAUUUACAUUUUAAAAAGUCAGAUGUAAAACUGGACAUCAGUGUUGAUUUGUAUUAUAUCACAGACUGCUAUAUUGACAUUUACAUUUAUUUACUUGGAAGAUACAUUUAUUCAAAGCGGCUUACAAAAGAAGUCAGUAUAACUGAGUAAACGUCAGUCUGGGGACUGUUUUGCAGCAAGUGGUCAAAAAACAAGCUUGCAGAAUUGACUAUCACAAGAGCUCCAAACCACAGAGAAAAAAAACAGACUAGUACUCUAAAAAACUAGCAUGAAACCAUUAUCAAUUAUAGAUAUAUUCAUGUAACAAGAGUCUAUAAACACUUCUUAAACAGAAUGAUUGAGGUGGGCAGCUCAUUCCACUGACUCAAAGCCACACAGGCUAAGAUUUGAUGGCAGGAGUUUACUGGCAGAUGUGAGUGGACAAGAAGGAGCAUAGUUGUGCCUCCAUGUACAUAGGUGCUAAACCAAUGGCUACUCUGUAGGCAAGCAUCAAGAAAUUGAAUUUAAUGUAUUCUGCAACAGGGGCCAGUGUAGUGACAUGAAAAGACAUACUGCUGAAUUUUGAAUCAUGUGCAGUGGUUUGGUAGGAUAUUGAGUAUUCUGAUUUUGCUAGUCUCUCCAUAUUUUCUUAUUCCACUUUGGGGUCCUGGAUUAGCUGUUUUAUGUUGCUGGGUGGUAUUGUGGGUUUGUGCGACUUCCUCAUAGCUUCAGUCAUUUGGGUUUAAUUGCUGUCUUUCUCCUUGCAUGUUCUUCCACUACAGAUUUCCCUGGGUUUCUCACAUAUUAUGACACUUUAAUAUGAGUUUAGUUGAUGAUAUUGCUUUGUUCCCAACUACAUGAGGUUGUCCCCAUCCAUUGUUGUUAUUUGCUUUGCACCUGACACUGCCAGGAGAUGCUAAAACUCUCCAUGACUUUAUAAAGGAAAAAUUGGGUUAUAAUAAUAAAUGACAGUCUAGGUUAGGCCAACAUUAUGAAGUUCUUGUAUAAAUUCCAGUUACUGUUGCUUUAAUUUCUAAUGUAUGGCUAUAUUAAACUGAAGCAGUGUAAGCUCAUUCAUUCCUUCAGGAACUUGUUAUGGAAUGAGCUUGACUUAUAAUUGUGAUGCAGAUAAGUCAUUUUUCUACCCUUAUGUUCAAUGAUGAGAUUCCAUGCUGUUUUAAAUAGUAUGUUCAUAUUUAUUAAAUAUACCCAAUCUUCUUUUCUUCCUGCAAAAUGAAGCCAAUCAGUUCUAAAAAACGUAUUGGUGUUGGUCAAUGUUAACCAAAAAUGAUAUCCUUUGCAAACUAACUUCUACAUGUAAAGUUAUGAAAUUCAUUGUUGUUUAUUAUUUUCCUUUUCUUGAUCUUUGGACAGUGGAGUAAUUCCAAAAUAAGAAAAUAUAGUAUUAUAUCAUAAAAGUCUGGCUUAUAAAAUCAGUUAAAUUAAAUAAACUGUUUUGUAUUUUGUUCAUACAGAUUGUUGUAAACAUGUAGAAGAUUGGUACCAUAGUGUUUUUUGUGUGUUUGAAUCAAAAUGCAAUAAACACAAAACUGCCGCUUAGUGAAAUCCAAUA